UACUACGCUGUAGCCGCGUGCGCUGCGCGGGAGGUGGGGCGCUUCGGCGCGCGCCCACGAACGGGCCGAUCAGUUGACGCUCGCACGCCGGACGCUUCGGACGCCUUCGGAUCCCUCCGGCUGCUCGGGCAAGGCGCUCGUGUCGAUGAGGCUCGCUGUAGCGCAACGUGCGACCGCUCUUCGCGUGUAGCGAGCUUCGAUUCUCCUCGGAUGACUCUGUGGUUCGCGCAGUCUUGUGGCGUUCAGUGCGGCGAUAUAGGUCGACUUUGCGACUGCCCUCUCUUCGGAACUGUCGGGGAGAAAAACCGAAAAAAUAAUCCCGUCUCGUUAAGGAACGUUUGAACACCGAGAGAUCGCCGAACGAGAGAGACUAGAAGCAACCUGGAUGGGCGUUUGCGAGCGUACUGUGAUGUGCCGAGACUGGUGACGGUGAUAAUUUAUUGUUUCAUCUUUGCGGUAGUGGACUUCGUUUGGAGGCGGGAAAGAAGAGGAAUCGGCACCUGUGCACAACGGCGAGGGGUAACAAGAAGUCGCAGAGCACAAGAGCCGGACAUUGCCACACUACGUCGAGCGACAAUCGAACUUCGGUGGUUCAAACUCGCCUCAGACUCAGCUCCUUCACUUUAACGUCACGGGCUGCCACUGGGCCAAGAGCACACACCGCACACCUUCGUUGACUGGUCAGGCGCCAUGGAGCAGUGAACAGUUGAAAGCUCUCACUGUGAUUGGCUACACACUGCUUUCAUCGCUCUUCAGCUUUCCGUGGUGAGGUCCGAGCCAUGGAAAAUCAAGUAAAUGCUACCAGCGGCGAGGCUGCCUCACCAAAGACGUUUUCAAUUACGACACUGAGAAGCACUACUAAAGCAUCCUGAAGGUCUGCUAGACAAAUAUCUGAACGUUUUAAAGAACGACGACUAGACGUCCUGGUGGAAAGCUUGCAGUACCCCGCGGACCAUAUACACUAUGCCAUUGAGUCUCUGUCGCCUCUACGUUCUCCUUUGUUUGCUGACAGUUGGCGGCUUCGGGGCUGCGUGGGCACGGAGCUCUCUGUACGAGAAAGUCCCCGGCACAUGUCGGAUGGAAAGCCAGUUUUAUUUGGAGCCGCGCUUUUUCAGCCUAAUCACGUGUGCGCGCUGCUACAAGUACAUGGCCAGCCUUGCGUUCAAGAACGCAUCCAGACUCACGUACUGUCGUGGGGCCAGGCUGUGUCGGGGUGACUGUGACGGCGAGUGCUUCAUGCCAUACGGCAACAAGAGCGACGUGGAAAUCGCGGACACUUUCGCGAAGAAGCUGUACGCCGACCGAUGGGAGAGCUGUUGCCGCUCCGCUCGCCAAUGCUGCCAGGAGAUGCUCGAAGACGAGCUGGCCGAGCCGACAGACACCGAAGGCGGACCGCGGUGUCCUGCAACGUGGGAUGGAUGGACGUGCUUCAAGGACACGCCCGCCGGAACGACAGUGCAGAAGCCAUGUCCUGCGCAUGCGUACUUCAUCACUGAAAAACCGCAGUGCAUAAAGACUUCGAAAAAGAUUUGCUGGGACAACGGCACAUGGUACUACAGCCAAGAGUACGGCAAGGAGUACACCUUCUAUGACUGCGGUUCACUCGAGUACCACCGCUCGAUGACCAUCUUCUCCAUCGUGCUUCAUUCCCUGUCUGUCGUCGUCCUCGUGCCGGCCAUCGUCAUCUUCUCCGUCUACAAGCAGCUGCAGGUUCACCGCAUCUCUCUGCACAAGAACUUCUGCGUCGCCAUGGUGCUCUACGACAUCAGCGUCAUCCUCGUAGACUCGGUCUUCAUCCUGGACCACGUCAACGAGGAGAAGAACAUACGCGUCAACCAGAAUCCGAGCCUGUGCAAGGUGCUCUACACCCUCUCUCGCUACUUCCGGUUGUGCCAGUACGCGUGGAUGUUCUGCGAGGGCUUCUACCUGCACAAGCUGAUCGCCUCCGCAUUCGCCGAGCAGAAGUCCCUGCUAGUCUUCUACGUCGUCGGAUGGGGUUGUCCUGCCAUCUUCGUGAGCAUCAGCGCCAUCUUGCGAGCGGUGAGGACGGGCCACCCUUGCUGGAUGGACAACGUUGAAGGAUAUAACUGGAUAACCUUGGCUCCAGGCUUGUUCUGCCUGUUCGCCAAUUUUAUUUUUCUGUGCAACAUCAUCCGCGUUCUCGUCACCAAGUUGAGAAGCACCCAUGCGAAUGAGCCAAGCCAAUUUCGGAAAGCCGUGCGAGCUGUGUUGGUGCUCUUCCCGCUGUUCGGCAUGCAUUUCCUCAUGACCGUGUACCGGAGCCCAUCCAACUGCGGCCCCUGGGAGGUCUACCAAUACAUCAGCAAGGCGUCAGAUGGCCUGCAGGGAUUUUUCGUAGCCGUCAUAUUCUGCUACUUCAACGGAGAGGUGCUGUACUUGUUGCGGCGUUCCUACGGACGCUACCGCCUGCAGCGGGGCUUCUCAAGUCGGAGGAGCCACAGUAUGGCCAUGACUCGCAUGUCCGUGUCGACGCACGUCUCAUCGGUCGGCGAUUCGCUCAAUCCCAACAACGGUUCCAUCAAGAAGUACGCAUGCACACGCAACGGUGACACCAUACUGGAGGACGAGGUCUGGAACUGACAUCGAUUCCGCCGCCACCUUCAUCUAAGCGCCUACAAAAGGCGGCACGGUGCUACUCAGCGACAUGCGUUUCCCGUUCGCACCUCUCUUCGCUCUAUAGGUGCGAAAGAGCGGCGACAGUUUCGCCAAGGCCACCGUGCAAAAUCGAAUGCGGCUCUGGUCUCUGGCUCAGCGUGGCCGGUUUCAAACCAACAGUGAAAGCGCUCUUCACUUGCGGACGUCUCUCACCACUCCCGCGACGAACUUUUGUUGGCUGGUGAUGACAAGGCCCUCAAGAGCGGUCGACGCAAUUGGUGGGCUUCACGGUUUUGUCUCCAGACUUACUGAGCCGAUGUCGGAGCGACACGUCGGCCUUUGUGGAGUCCCCUCGAGCGAACGUUGCGCACGCGCGAGUGCAUGGUUUUGCCGAGUGAGCUUCGUAAAAAUGUUCAUCCUGCUGAUGCAUACUACUCGUUUCUUCUACUUCAGGCGUGGAGGCUGCAUUUGGAGGUGAUGGGACUUUUGCGUAUGAUAGACUCUACUGAAGAGGUUCCUGGAGUGAGGGUUGUUGGGUUUUGACGCCUACGCUGCAGCUAAGGCCCCAAACAAGGUGUUCUGCGUCGCGUAUCUGAUUAUUAUUAUUGGACCGGACUUAUGCAAGAAAAAUUGGUCUGGCAGGUAUAACUGGCCCUGUUGCACUAAAAGAAACUGUUGGGCACUAUUAAACUCACGUUCUGCGUCGCCACGAUUAUGUUCGGGGCCGUCAGUGACGCGUCGGCCGAGCGUGAGAGCAUUGUGCGGGCAGGAGGGCCAUUAGUCGACAAAAUUGAGCCUGGUUGUCAGGCAUUCGCUUGAACUUCGAAAUAUGUCAUCUUGUGCUGUGUCUACGUCGUGUCACCUCUCCAAGAUCACAAAUGUGUACGGGUUUACCACGUAAACAACAGUGCUUCGCCGCCGUAAAACCAGUGGGUGACCGGAGCGCAACCCGUCAGAAUUUCCAGAAGGACGCUUCAGUGAGUGAUCCUGCUCGUCAGCAUGCUUUGACACCGCCGGUAUUCGAAGAGGGGGCUACUGGCAUUGUUCCCAAGAACCAAGCGUCUCACCCUCAAGAAGCAAAUCUUUGUGAGAGCGUUAAAUGUUGAGAGCAGCUAACGUCUGUCACCGUCACCGGAUGCUGCGCUGAUUACCGCUGAUUACCGACAACUGUAAGUCUUAAUGCGCGAACCAUGUUACGUCAAAUUAUUGAUAGCAGUCUAAUGGCUUUGCUGCGGCCUGGAAGCGCAGGCGAAAAACAUACAGGAACAAUGCAAGGAAAAGGUUGACAAGCCUGUUAUGCGAAGAGAACUACAAAAAGGAUAUUAUCGGCCAUGUGUGUUGUAGUUUACGAGAACAUUGCAGUAACGCUCCUGAAGUACUGAAUGAACCAUGCGCUGCUCUUCUCUUUUUAAUAUUUUCCUCCCUUUUUCCCCUUUUCCCCAGUGCAGGGUAGCCAACCAGGCUCAGUCCUGGUUAACCUUUCUACUUCUCAUUUAUUAUAGUCUCUCUUUUUCACCAUCUUCUUCCGUUAGGUGUGCGUGUAUAUAUACCUUUAAUGCCACUUGAACAUUACUUAUAAGGCAUCACAUCCUUACAAUUUACUUUCUCACUUACAGGCCCUAACCUUAUCUGUUUUCAUGAUAGAAUAAUUUUGCAGCCCGUUUAUAUUCUGUACACCAUAGCAAAUGGAAGACACUGAGCCCAAGUUGUUUGCCGUGCUUUGCAGCUUCUAAAGACAACACGCAUGACCACGGGAAGAGGAUCAUCGCAGCUGCAUUUUCGACAAUGACCGAUAUUUCUUUUUUUUUAUGCGGUCGAGCAGGCCUAUCAUGAUGAAACGUAGCCAGUAGGGCUGAUCGAACUGGGACAUUUCAUCGGAAGUGCUGCUUGGGUCAUCAAUACAAGUCUUUAGUGUACGACAAGUGCUGCGUGCAGUGUCAUGCCUGUGGCUGGUGUUCUGUUUGUGGAGUCCUACGCCGAGCCUCACGUGAUGCCGCCGAAGAACGACACAGCAACUUCCUCCCGGUAGAACGGACGCAGUCACGAGCCCUUCUGGUGGAGUAUUGCUGACAAAUUUUCAGUGACGGACUGAAAUCAACAAAAUACUCAAAAAAGACGAAAGUGGAGCUAUUUGCGAACUGACCAAAUGCUUUGUUGUAUUAGUGUUGUCACUUCAAACUCCAUGCCUCCAAGGUGUCAGCGUUCACAAUCUAAACUGUUGCUCUGUGUUAUUUAUUACGUGUCAUCGUUCAUCGUUACAAUUUAAAAAUCAUUAAAACUCAUACUCGUUGAA